CCGCUACGCUCUCACCGCUCGGGGCUGCCCCGCGCCCGGCGGGCGGGAGGAGCCGCCGUUUCCGCUGGGUGUCACUCUGGGGUGGGAGAGGCGCGUUCAAAAGCGGAGGGCAGGGAAAAGCCCGCCGACAGCCCCGGCCGCCCGCACCGGCAGCGCCCGCCGCCCGCCACGCCGCGGCACGGGCGGCAGCCCCUGCGCUUCCUGCGGGCCGGGGCGCUCCCGGCCCUCCGCCUCGGAGCCGGCGCCCGGCGGAGAGUCCUCGGCUGGUGCCGGCUGCCCCCCGAGCCCAGCCCCUGCGGACGGAGGCCACCUAACCCUGCCAGAAGGAUGCUGGAGGGCGGCUGCAAAGCGGUGAAGGAGGGCGUGUUGGAGAAGAGGAGCGACGGGCUGCUGCAGCUCUGGAAGAAGAAGCGCUGCAUCCUCACCGAGGAGGGGCUGCUCCUCAUCCCCCCCAAACACCCCCCGCCGCCGCAGCAACAGCAGCAGCCGCCGCCGCUGCCGGCUGAGCCGGCGGCCAAAAUCAAGGAGCUUCACUUCUCCAACAUGAAGACGGUGGACUGCGUGGAGCGGAAGGGCAAGUACGUGUACUUCACGGUGGUGAUGGCCGAGGGGAAGGAGAUCGACUUUCGGUGCGCGCAGGAGCAGGGCUGGAACGCGGCGAUCACGCUGCAGAUGGUGCAGUACAAGAACCGCCAGGCCAUCCUGGCCGUGCGCUCCACCCGGCAGAAGCAGCAGCACCUGGCGGCGCCCCACGGCCCCCCGCGCCUCCGCGGCGCGUCCAACUCCGCCUAGCGCAGGUUGCGUUCACGGAGCGCUUCGGGGAAGCGGGACUGAGCGCGUUCGUGGCGGACCUGCGCCAGCGGUCUGAAACUGGGAAAGCGCCGGAGGGGCAGGUAGACCGGAAAGAAGCGGCUCAAAAGCCUGAACCCCAGCCUGCUGCUGCUUUGCCGCCCUCGGUGCCGAGAAGCAUUUCAAAUCUAUUAUUUAUGAACCUUGGAAAGGAUACUUUGGUGCGAUGGGAUUUCUAGGAGACAUGUACUGUAACUUUAUUUUAAUGUAUUUUAUUUUAUUUAUUAGGGUUGUUUUGGUUUCGUUUUCAUCUUUUUCCUUUUUUUUUUAUUUUUUUUAAAGGUUUAUUUGCAAGACAUUUCUGAAUGUAGGGUGUAUCAUAAAAGCAAAGGAAAAAACGAUAUGCAUGUUAGCUCCCUGAAGGAACUAAAAAGUUUUGGGUAGUUUGGCUCUGUGCAAUUUGACGAAAAGUCAAAUUUUUUAUCCGAGAUACACUUUAUUCCACUAACAUGGAAAAUGUGAUGUGUAGUUUGAAAUUUGGCUGAAACCCAUACUGCAUAUGAAAUCUGUUUUCUCUAAUGAGAAUAACAAUUGUAGUCGGAGGUUUAAAUUAUUUCCUUUUAAAAUAUUAAACGUGGUGGAAGAUGGUAAAAACUUAUUCAUGCUUGGCUAUUCAAAAAAGCAAUGUUGCUCGUUACUCUGAGGUUAAAACCCAUCUGUUUAAUGUAUGAGCAGAGGAGAACCUGACCAGCUUCUUUUGUGAUACAGGAAUCUGAGUUGGAUUCCAGCUAUCAGUGUGAUGUGCUUGCUCCUGGGCUGGUGGGCCAGAGCUGAGGCGUUCAUGGAUGUUUCUUUCUGUCCAAGUUCAGGGCUCCCUCUGCACGCUUGUUUUUAAAGUGAUCUGGGCUGUCAAUCUGUAUUUCUUUUUCAUGGCGCUUUUUAAAUGUCUCGCAUUAAAGCAGCCCAUAGUUUAAAAUCUGUUUUAUGUAUGUCUUGGUGUGCAAAUGGAUUAUUUUGGUCACAGUUUUCUUUCAGUGAAAGUUGCUCUCUAGCUGAGAUGAACUAGACUAAUUUUGGUGUUUAGCACUGUCAGAUGUUGAGAGAGGCGUGCAAUCUUGCCUCUAAAAACGUUGACGAAGCAACGAAGUUGGAAAACAAAGGGCUAAUUGCACAGCUGUUGUGUCUUCCUCUGUCUCUUAAAAGUCAGUGGGAGUUUGGCUGUCAAUGCAGGCGGGAGCGGGUCAGAGCUCUUUGCCGGUGCAGAGGAGGGAGUUGGGUGUGGGCCUGUGAGCUUUCUAGGACAGGGCUCUUCAGACGGUGGGUGGCUUCAUAUUAUGUGCCCCCACAGCAGGUUCUCUGGUUUAAGUGAGGUGGGGAGGCUGUAAGUGGAACAGAACAAUACGUCCCGUUAUCUCUGGUUCAAGGUAAAAAGUCAUAGCUAUGGAGCUAUUUAUUUUAAUUAGUGUAGUGAGGAAAAUUACUUUUGGCCCCUUUACAGGUUACAUAUGAAUAUAAACAAAUUCAUUUAAAGUUUCACGUUCAGGACUUUUUUUUUUUGUGUAACUCAGAUGUAAAUUAACAGCUCCACAUUCUCUGUUCAAGCUGUAAGUGUUUAAAGCAAAAGGCUGAAGUGAUACUCAAAGGGAGAUCUUAGAAUUUGCUACUGCGCAUGCGGUCCCUUCCUCUGCACUCUAAGCUUAAGCUCAGUCAGUAAGGAAGAAGUUGAGAUCUGUGUUAGCCCUCCUCUUUUGUCCCUUGCCCCGAGGUUUUGGGGUCACAUACCUAGACAUGCAAAACAUGUCAUGGUGCAGAGUUAAAGCCCGGAUCCUGAUGAUCCUCUAUAGUUACUCCUGAGCGCUUCUUUCUGAUCUUGCCCUUGACAAGGUUGCGUGAUGAACUUGGGGUGGUAGAUUACAGCUGUUCUAACAAAGUUAUUAUUUUGAGAUUAAUUCCAACUGAAGAUGCCCCACAUCUUCUAGGAUGAGAGUUGCUGUCUUGGCAAUCAUAAUAGUCAAUUUCCACAUCUCUGUACAUCUGCCAUUAUUCUGCUAACGCUUCGAUGUUAGAGCUGCAAGGGGAUUCUCUAAUGAGCUAGUCAAAGACUUACAAAAUAGACUGUAAUUUGUAAUUUGGCUCCUCUCUUUGGAGCGAUUAAUUACAGUUUACUGAGUAACUAAUCCACCUUUUCAGAUCUACAGACGUAUCACUGAUCUCACCUACUAAAAUACAUUUUAGCCUACUGAAGAAUAAAUGUAACUGAUGAAAAUUAAUUUCUAUGUGAUCAGAGACACAUGUAUUUCUCUAAGAGAGGCAGAUAUUCUUGUCCUCAGUGAAUGCAAGCCUCUGAAUGCCACAAAAGCCUAUGGAUGUAGUCUAAACCUGAAAUUUUACUAUUCUUCUGGAAGUACUUGUACUUUGAAAACAAAUGAUGAAAAUUUUAGUGAUAAAAUUUUCCUUAAGGUACGAGAAAAUAGCUUUCAUUUUGAAUUUGCUGCUCUUUUUCACCAGUUCAUGGUCAAUGUCACUUUGUGUUUCUUGUCUUAAGUUGCUCUGAAGGAUGCUCUGAAAACCUUUUGAACUGAGGUAGCUCACCAACAAAUUUUGCUGGUUGUCAUUGCCUGCUCUGUUACCUGUUUAAAAAACUUGAUGUCAGCCAGAGUCCUAGUGUGAGAGGUGGUCACAUCACAAAAUCCACGCUGAGCUGGUGGGACGAGUGUAAGGCUCAAGCUUCCCCCUUGUGUCUCUGGACUGUCUCCUCAAAACUGAAUGGGAACAAUUUGGCUGGGGUCCCCUGGGGACAGUCAGACUGUGUGGCUCAUGCCCUGUCGGUAUAAAUAAGGCUAAAUUGUCUGAUGUGGACAGUCUGACAACUUUCUCACGCUCUAAAUUCCACGGGUUCUUUUUUUUUUUCUUUUGACUGAUAGUAAUUUUAGACCAAGACAUUUUUUGAUGUUAUAAAAGGUAGUUCUGCUCUUUUUUUUGUUUUGCCCCUCUACUACUGCAUGGUCUUCAUUUGAACUUUUGGAUUAAAUACUGUCUGUCACUGCCUUGUAAGCAAUGGCUAUGAAAAUAGGUCCAGCAGAUCAUGCUGCAUCCUAUCAGAGCUUUGAAAGUAAAGAAAUCAAAUUGUCAUUCUCCUUACCAAAAAAAGAAAAAAAGAAAAGAAAAAGAAAAGAAAUUUGACAGCAUGUGACUGAAGUAAAUUCAUUAGAGAAUAAACAAAAAUGCUGUAAAACACACACAGGUCAAUGCUUGGUAGAGGUAGCAAAAGUGGGGACAGUCAGUUCAUAAAAAGGUCAAAAUUAUGUGUCUUAACUAAAAAAAAAAACCCAACCAAACAAAAGAAGCCAAGAGAACGUGAUUAAGGGGCAGAUUCAGCAAGAAAAUCUAAACUCUGGUGACCAAGACAAUUUAGAAACUGAAAAAGGAAGAUCAAGUGGAUGUUGUUUCUGUGGCAUCCAGAAGUAAUUCCUUUUUAAAGAUUCAUGAUGUGCAAAUGCCAGCUUCUGAAUUAUAGCUGCAAUGAUGUACCAAAUGUUUUCUAGCAUAUCCUAUUCUGAGCAGAAAUAUCAGUGUCAUCAAAAAAAUUUGUGUGUAAAUAUGACUCAAAAAUGAUUUCUGAGAGAUGUGAUUUAUUUUUCAUAUUUUUCAAGAUACAUUCCAUUUCAAAUAAAGAGGUAUCUAUUGAAA